AUGGCCUGGCAACCCUUCCCGGAAAGCGAGGACAAUUACGAUGUGAUCAUCAUCGGUGCUGGAAUCUCAGGAAUCAACUUUGCAUAUCGUCUCCAGGAACGCACACCAAACCUCAAGUAUGCGAUUCUGGAAGGCCGCCACGAGAUCGGUGGCACCUGGAGCUUGUUCAAAUACCCUGGAAUUCGAUCCGACUCUGAUCUCUACACAUUUGGAUUCGCAUGGCGUCCGUGGCGUGAAAAGGACUCGAUCGCCCACGGUGAUYGCAUCUGGAAUUACAUGAAGGAGGCUGCGGAAGAGAACGGCAUUGACAAGAAGAUCAAGUUCAACACCUUUGUUGACCACGCCGAGUAUGCCGACAACACAUGGUCACUGCACACUUCUGGGGCUGCGAAGAAGACAUACAAAGCUCGCUUCAUCAUGAUGUGCACCGGUUACUAUGACUACAAGAAUCCCCUCGAGACUCACAUCCCUGGUAUCGACAACUUCAAGGGCCAGGUCAUUCACCCACAGUUCUGGCCCGAGGAUCUCGAUUACGCCAACAAGGAAGUUGUCAUCAUCGGUUCCGGCGCUACAGCCGUCACAGUACUCCCCGUAAUGGCCCAGACGGCCAAGCAUGUCACUAUGCUUCAACGAUCGCCUAGUUAUAUCAUGGCAGCUCCUCGAGAGGACGUUGUCGAGCGUUUCCUCAGGAAAUGGUUCUCAUGGGCGCCCUCGUUCCAGGACAACGCUUUCCGACUCAAGUGGAUCCUGACCCCCAUGAUGUUGACCACAUACUCUCAGUACUUCCCUGAAAGGGCGAAGAAGAUGAUGUACGACCUCACACGCAAGCAGCUUCCCGCCAACGUCCCUCUCGACCCACACUUCACACCAAGCUACUAUCCUUGGGAACAGCGUCUCUGUGUCUGUCCCGAUGGCGACUUUUACAAGAGUCUGAGGCAGGGCAAGUCAAGCAUUGCCACCGGACACAUCGAGACCGUCACCGAGGACUCCAUUAAGCUCAAGAGCGGGCAAGAACUACACCCAGACAUCAUCAUCACCGCCACCGGGUUGAAGUUGAAGUUCGCGGGCGGAAUGAAAGUGACCGUCAACGGCAAGCCUUUCGAGAUCCCCGAGAAGUUCACAUGGAAGGGCGUCAUGUUGGAGGAUCUGCCCAACGCCGCAUUCGUGGUUGGCUACGUCGAUGCUUCGUGGACUCUAGGAGCAGACGCAACCGCGCAAAUGAUGACGAGAAUCCUGAAGAAGAUGGAGAAGGAGGGUGUGGUUGAGGUCAUCCCCAGGAGAAGCGAACAGGAGAAGCAGACGAUGAAGGAGAUGAGCAUCCUGAGGCUCAACAGCACAUAUGUCAAGAAGGGCAUGUCUCAGCUUCCCAAGUCUGGUGACUCUGGUCAAUGGGUGCCAAGAUCGUACUACUUCAAGGACAUUAUGAUGGCAUGGUUUGGUGAUAUCAAGACGAACAUGGAAUGGGUGCGAGCGGUGUAG